AGAUGCGCUGACCAUUCCCACGCAGCAGAGGGCGAUGUCUCUCUUUCAUCGCAGUUUUGCCCAUCCAUUUCAGAGAAAGAGGGGUCCUGGGACAUGGCGUCAUGAUUGUGGAUUCUGGAAUAACGUUUACAAGAAAAUUAAGAAGGCAAUAACCAGAGAAAAACACCAGGUAACCCCGCUACAUUAUUUAGACACUACGGAGAGUGCACUUUACAAAGAGACUGCAGAUGCCUUAGACAAGUGCUAUGGGAAGAUGGAUCCGAUGGCUGUUGCUGUUUCUGCUACCACCACCAUCGAGCCAGAAGAAGCAGGGUUCCCACGGGGCACCCUGGACAGUGAGGACUAUGUGUUUGUGGAGUCGAGGCACUGCAACAAAGUGCUGGCGGGUCUGAACAGCCUGAGGCUGAACAAUGCCUUCUGUGACGUGAUCCUGUGCUGCGGGGGCCAGGAGUUCCCCUGCCACCGGAUAGUGCUGGCCUCUUUCAGCUCCUACUUCCAGGCCAUGUUCUCCACGGACCUCAUGGAGUCCAGGCAGGAGAGGGUGGCCAUCAACGGGGUGGAGCCCCAGAUGAUCGGCAUGCUGGUGAGCUACGCCUACACUGCCGAGGUGGUCAUCACCAAGGCCAACGUCCAAGCGCUACUGGCUGCCGCCAACCUGCUGGACAUCAUGGCAGUGCGGGAGGCCUGCUGCAGGUUCAUGGAGCGGCAGAUGGACGAGAUGAACUGCGUGGGGAUCCACUGCUUUGCAGAGGCGCACUCCUGCGGGGAGCUGGAGCACCGGAGCAUGGAGUUCAUCCUACAGCACUUCAGCACGGUAUGCAAGCAGGAGGAGUUCUUGUCUCUGUGCGCGGAUAAGCUGACCGAGAUAAUCGCCAGCGACGAGCUCAACGUGCCCAAGGAGGAGACGGUGUUCGAGGCCGUCCUCCUGUGGCUGCAGAAGAGCGCCGCCCGCAAGCAUGUCUUUGAAAAGGUGUUGGAGCAUAUCCGCUUGCCUUUAAUCAGCCCCUAUUACAUCCACGAUGUCAUUGAGUCGCAGUCCGUCAUUCAGGAGUCCCUUCAGUGCCAAAGGCUCAUCUCGGAGGCAAAGGAUUACCUGCUGCUUCAGGAUCGCCGAGGAGAGCUCUUCGGGCCUCGGACACGCCCCCGCAGGGCAACAGGAACUGCGGCAGUGAUUGUCACUGUCGGGGGUGAAGAUGAUAAGGUUGUUCUGCGCAGUGUGGAGAGUUUUGACCCCAUAACCACCCAGUGGAAGUCACUAGCAUGCCUUCCCUUUGCAGUCAGUAAACAUGGGCUUGUGGUUUCAGGGUCCACGCUGUACUUGGCUGGGGGGGAGUUUCCAGAUGGCUCGGCCAGCAGGGAGAUGUGGCGCUAUGACCCCUGCUUUGACAGCUGGCUGGAGAUGGCUCCCAUGAACGUUGCACGCUCUGAGCUAGGGCUGGCAAUGCUGGAUGGGUUUGUGUUCGCUGUGGGUGGCUGGGAAGGCCAUUCCAGGCUCGAUUCUGUGGAGUGCUAUAACCCCCACACCAACAGCUGGCAGUUCGUGGAGCCUAUGAAGAUGGCGGUGACGAGCCCGGCCGUGGUCGCACUGGACGGAUUGUUAUACGUAACAGGCGGUGCUGUUCUGGAAGACGGUGAUGGAAUGGAUCUUGCACAAGUUUACAACCCCAAAGCCUGCAUGUGGACUGAAGUGGCUCCCAUGCAGAUUGCACGAUCAGGCUCCGCUGCCUGCAUACUCAAGGGAAAGAUUUACGUUAUCGGUGGCUGGCACGCCUCAACAGAGAACACAGACAAGGUGGAGUGCUUCAACCCCAAGACGAACAAGUGGACGAUGUGCGCCACCAUGAAGGAACGUCGCUACCGGCCAGGCGUGGCUGUGGUGGAUGGGAAAAUCUACGUGCUGGGAGGGGAGGAAGGCUGGGACAGGUACCACGACACCAUCGAGCGGUAUUGCGACGAGACGGACAGCUGGGAGAUCAUCGGGGAGAUGCCCACGAGCCGCAGCUGGCUGAGCUGUGUGUCGCUGCAGGUGAGGAAGGAUUCCCGCAGCAGCCACCCGGGCACUGACCAGGAGUACCCCGUGGACUGAGCUUCAAGCCUGGCACCGUCCACUACCCCACCGGUGUCUGCACAGGACUGCUCUGGAGAGGCUGUGUUAGCAGUGGCAAUCGAGGAGUUGAUAUCUGAUACUUGGUGGGGGGGGGGGGGGGCCUGAGGAGAGAUCAGAGGUCCCAUUAACAGGCUGUAAGGGUUUGGGGUCUGUGACUUUCAUUUGGGAUCUUAAGCUGGAGGAACAUUGGAAUCCUGUUUUCAUGUUGGUGGACAAAGAAAAGGACAAAGCUGUAUUGAUUGGUUUUCAAAUAUCCACUGAAGAUACCCUUCGAUUUCUGAGGACCAUAAGGACAAGGUUAUGAUCACUAAAAUAAUGGACUGGAGUCGGGGAUGUAGUGGGACUGGAGUGUGACUCUGGUAUUUUUUUUUUUUGUGGUGGGGUGCUGAUCCACCACAUAUUUAUUACCUAAAGGCAAUAUUUUAUUUUGAUAUUUGCAUUUACUAAGUACAGACACUUUUCAUGGCUCCCGGACACUUUGAAGGGUGCGGAGCCUAAUAUUAACUGCUGUCAGUGUAUGACAGCUCCCCGUGCAUACACCUCCGUCACACAGCACAGGUGUCUGAGUGAUGUAAAUGAAUGGCAGUUGAACAAUAAAGUUUCCUUCUCUCUUGAUUCCUAUGAGGAGUUGUAGCUGCAUGUCUGUGUAAUUAUAUGUGUUCAUACACAUCCGCUCAUUAAGAAAACAAAUCAAACCGUUUUUAAUAUGCCCAAAGGCAGUGAAAAAAACCUUGUUUUGUUUUUACCUAAAAAUAGCCUACAAUCUGGAGAAUUGUUUAACAUUUCAGUUUCCACCGUCUUACUGUGUCACAGCUGGUGGGAUAGCGACCCAUAAUUCAUUGUAUGUACUGUUAACACAGACUUACAAACGCAGGAGUACUUUAAUAUACAUUGAAAAAAAAGCUGUUUUCCUGGUACUCUCCAAUGAGGGCAUUUGUAUUUUACAAUCUGACCAGAAAGAAAUCUUGAGAGGCUAUCGUUUGCUUUUGUACACGCAUUGCAUUAACUCUAGGAUUUCUUUUGAAAAGUCUAAAACAGUAAAUGUCCUUUCAAGUAACUGAUUUAACUGUGCCACGUAAGUGAGUGUGAAUAUAUAUUUAGGCUAUAGCUUGAUUUUAAUAAUUGAACGUAACCCUUUAGUAAAGGUGAACUGUUUAUAAUGUGCCGUUAUUGAUUUUAGGACAUAUCCUACAUCCUUGACUGUAAUGUUGGUAAGGUUUUUAAGUUGCUGCUGGACAUGCAUUGAGCCCUCACUACAGACUAUCAUGCAUAUUACACACCCCUUUAUACGUGUGUGUGUGUGAGUCACGGUUUGGGAGUGCAGUAUUUCAGAGUAAACUGUAAUAGCUUGGUAACUGUAAUAAUUAAGAAGCCGUUGCUUCUUGAUGUGAAUACCUUGCAAGAUAAUGCCAUUAUAUAUUUUAUUCAUUUCAUUUAGUGUAGGUUAACAUAAUGUAACCCUGCUGCUGUUUUACAUUUUUGUAAUGGUGUUUGUUUUACAAUUGAAAGUUGAACUGAAUGUCUUUACUUUAAUAUUAUGCAAUACUGCAUAGUACUACGUCUCGUCACACUUUUUUUAAACGCUUUAGAAAUUUUCUAUAUCUAAUUGCCUUGCUUAUCAGUAAGAGCAGAUUUGAAAUGUGCUAUUUUUAGUGCUGUAUUUGAUGCUCAAUUUCCGCUGGUUUGAUUUAUUUCACGCAAGCUCUGGACAGUCUUUUCAUUACAGCAUUUUUAUAAGCCAAAGUACGCAUCAGUUAACAGCCAAAAUCCCCUGGAGCUUAUACCACUGGUGAUGGCAAAUGUAGAAGCAGGGAUCUAAUGCCUAACAACCUGUGUGUUGAUAUUCUUAAUCAGAAAUCUGUGCACUGGCCUUGUCUAUCCAUCUAGAAAUCUAACCAGCAACUCUCCUCUGGUCUGCUGCUUUCUUGAUUGGUUUAGUUGAACUUUUAAAUAUAUGCCUUUGCUGAAAAGUUAACUUUGUCAAACAUGACAUCGCUAUCCAUUGCAAACAUUUGUAUUGAACUUUGUUUCAGUGUGUUUAAUGAAGGAAUUGUCUACUGACGGAUAAUGUGCUAAAUACAAAAAAGGCUGUUCAGUGUGAUUCAUACUUUCUGCUGUGCCUGGUUGAUUGAUAUUGAGUACUAAAAACAGAGUAAUUGUUAACUAUUAGAUGUACUUAUGUGUUCAAAUAAAGUUUGUAAUAAGUAAAAUAAA